AACUUAGUGGUUCAAUUCCAAUUACUCUGGGUUACUUAACUGAGCUCAAAAUUUUGUACCUUUAUUCUAAUCAACUUUCUGGUCUCAUUCCUAGUGAAAUAGGGAAGAUGAAGUCACUUGAGGUUUUAGCCUUACAGAGUAACAAUCUUUCCGGUCCAAUUCCAAUAACUCUAGGUGACUUAACUGAGCUUGAAAGUCUGCACCUUUAUUCUAAUCAACUUACUGGUCCAAUUCCUGCUUCCUUUGGCAAUUUGAGAAAGUUACAAUUUUUGUAUCUCCGUGCCAACAAACUUUCUGGUUCUAUUCCAAAAGAACUUGCAUAUUUGGAUAACUUGGUAGAGCUGGUACUGAGUGAAAAUCAACUUACUGAUCCAAUUCCUGCUUCCUUUGGCAAUUUGAGAAAGUUACAAUUUUUGUAUCUCCGUGCCAACAAACUUUCUGGUUCUAUUCCAAAAGAACUUGCAUAUUUGGAUAACUUAGUAGAGCUGAUACUAAGUGAAAAUCAGUUUUCAGGCCAUUUGCCUGAGCAUCUUUGCCAAGAUGGGAAACUUGAGAACUUCACGGUGGCCAGUAACAAGUUAACAGGACCAAUACCAAGAAGCUUGAGCAAGUGCUCCAGUUUUAAAUGGGUCCGCUUUAACAACAACAGUUUCACUGGGGAUUUAUCUGAAAAUUUUGGUAUCUAUCCAGAGCUUCUGUUCAUUGAUUUGAGCGACAAUGAUUUUCAUGGUGAACUCAGCAGUAACUGGGGAAAAUGCAAAAAUUUAAUUGAUCUGCGUGUAGCCAGAAAUAACAUUAGUGGUAGCAUACCACCAGAGAUUGGAAAUGUCAAAGGACUUCUAGGACUUGAUCUUUCAUCGAAUCAUUUAAUUGGGCAGAUUCCAAAGGAAUUUGGAAAAUUAACCGCUCUAGUUAAUCUUUUUCUGCAAAACAACCGAAUUUCUGGCAAUAUACCUGAGGAUUUUGAGUCACUAACAAAGUUAGAGACCCUAGAUCUGUCAAACAAUAGAUUGAAUGGGUCAAUCCCGAUGUGUAUAGUAGAUUUCGUGCACUUGUUUCAGUUGAACCUGAGCAACAACAAGUUUGGCCAGAAUAUUCCAAAGGAUAUAGGAAGGAUAACUCAGCUUAAUGUACUUGAUUUGAGCUAUAAUCUUCUGGUUGGAGAUAUAACCCCUCAGUUAGCCAAUUUGAAGGUGUUGGUAAACUUAAAUCUUUCCCACAAUGGCCUAUCUGGGCGCAUUCCUCAAGAACUUGAAAGUUUGACUGGUUUGCAGGACGUCGUAUUGUCAUACAAUGAGUUGGAAGGUCCAAUCCCUAAUAAUAAGGCUUUUAUCAAUGCCUCAUUGGAGGGUAAUAAAGGUCUUUGCGGAAAUGUAGCAGGACUCCAGCCUUGUGAAAGGCCGUCUUCUAUGGUGAAGAAGCACUCAAUGGCGAAGGCAUGUAAACUCACCCUCAUCACUGUACUUCCUGUUAUGGGAGCACUGGUACUGCUCUGUGUUUUCAUUGGUGUUCUCUUUAUGUGUAAUAAAAGGAGGAGAGUUAAAGAAGUUGAAAGAAGGGAUGGUGAUGGUUGGCUUUCGAUAUCCAUGUUAGAUGGGAAGGAAUUGUACAGGGACAUCUUAAACGCCACAGAAGAGUUUGAUGCAAAAUUUUGCAUUGGGCGAGGAGGUCACGGAAGUGUUUACAAGGUAAACCUUCAUCAUUAG